AUGGAAAAACUACCUUCCUCGGAAGUUACUCGUACGUUAUACUUUGUGAAACUCUUCCCACAACAACUAACCAUAGCGAUUCUCAAAGCCUCUGAUCUUGCUGACGAGAUUCAAACGAAGGUGCUUGAACUUUCAAUUGAUGCCACAAGGACAUAUAAAGUCGAGAAGGACAUUGCAACUUAUCUAAAGAAGGAAUUAGACUUGCUCUAUGGCGCUUCAUGGCAUGUCAUUGUAGGCAAGUCUUUUGGUUCAAAUGUUACUCACGAACAAGGAUACUUUGCGUAUUUCUACAUUGGCGACCUUGCUUUCCUUAUAUUCAAGAACUAA